AUGCAGUUACCUCAGGGAUUUCACAGCAAGGGGGAGAACCUAGUUUGCAAGCUUAACAAGUCUUUGUAUGGUCUCAAGCAAGCAUCAAGACAGUGGUACUCCAAGUUCUCUUCAACCAUUUUAAAAUAUGGUUUCAAGCAAUCUAAAUCAGAUUACUCCUUGUUCACUAAGAAGUGCAAUCAGACUUUCAUAGCAUUACUUGUUUAUGUUGAUGACAUUCUAAUUGCAAGUAAUGAUGUUCAAGCAGUUGAAGAUCUUAAGACUUCUUUGAAUCAGGAAUUCAAGUUGAAAGACCUUGGUAAUUUGAAAUACUUUCUUGGUCUUGAGGUUGCUAGAUCAGAGAAAGGAAUUUCAUUAUGUCUAAGGAAGUAUGCAUUAGGUGUUCUUAAAGAUGCUGGAAUGACAGGUUGCAAACCCAGCAAAGUACCAAUGGAACAGAACUUAAAACUAAGCAAAUUUCAAGGAGAAUUGUUGACUGAUCCGAGUGUUUAUAGGAGAUUAGUUGGAAGACUGCUUUACCUAACCAUAACAAGACCAGAUAUUACCUAUUCAGUUCAUAAACUAAGCCAAUUCAUGGCUAAGCCUAGAAAGCCACAUCUUGAUGCAGCCUACAAGGUGUUGCAAUACAUUAAAGGAUGCCCUGGCCAAGGCAUUCUCCUAUCAUCAAAAUCAGAUUUGCAUUUGAAGGCUUACACGGAUGCAGAUUGGGCCUCUUGUGUAGAUACCAGAAGGUCUACUACUGGAUUUUGUGUGUUUUUAGGAGACUCAUUGAUCUCAUGGAAGUCUAAGAAACAAUCCAUAGUUUCUAGAUCCUCAGCUGAAGCUGAAUAUAGGGCAAUGGCCUUAAGUGUUUGUGAAAUGACUUGGCUGUUGGCUUUGUUAAAGGAUUUUGAAGUUGAUCAUCCACAACCGGGCAUGCUUUUCUGUGAUAACCAGGCAGCAAUCUAUAUUGGUGAGAACCCUGUCUUUCAUGAAUGUACAAAACACAUAGAAGUAGACUGCCACUUGGUUAGAGACAAGGUACAAGAAAAGGUGAUUCGUUUAUUCUUCACUCCCACACAUACACAGCUAGCAGAUCUAUUUACCAAGGCAUUAUGCAGUCAGGAGCUGAAGUUCUUAAUUUCCAAGAUGAAUGUAUUAAACAUACAUAAUUCUGAGUCUCAUCUUGAGGGGGAGUAUCAGACAACAAAGAAGAAAGGAGCAGAGAAUAAGAAGAAUGAGAAGAGGAGUAAAACGACACUACAAAUAAGCUAA